AUGCUCCGGGUGCGUCUCUCGUCUUGCAGACAGCCUUAUACGCCCUCGUUUCGCCACUUUUCGUCGUCUCGGCCACAUCAGAAGCAACGAUUAGUGAUCAUUGGAUCUGGAUGGGGCGGGUAUCCUCUUCUGCGUGGGGUUGACAAAAAACAUUGGGAUGUCACCGUCGUCUCCCCGACCAACUAUUUCAACUUUACGCCGUUGCUGGCGAGCUGCGCAGUUGGGACUCUUGAGUUUCGCAGUGCCAUCGAACCGGUCCGUCGGUACACGCCUCAAGUGACCGCGUAUCAAGCAUGGUGCGACAGCAUUGAUUGGACACGCAGAGUCAUUGAAUGCACCCCUGCAACCCCUUCGCCGCCCUGGAGCGACAAAUCAGAGCCAGACAAAUUUACCUUGCGCUGGGAUAAACUCGUCAUCGCGGCUGGUGCAUACUCGCAAACCUUUGGCAUUCCCGGUGUCAAAGAGCACGCUCAUUUCUUGAAAGACGUCAAGGAUGCACGUGCUAUCAGAACUCGAAUUCUCGAAUGUUUCGAGCAAGCAAUGCAGCCAACCAUGUCUGAUGUCGAACGUCGCAACCUUUUGAACUUCUGUAUCGUUGGUGGAGGUCCAACCGGCGUGGAAUUCGCGGCAGAGCUACACGAUCUCCUUCACGCAGAAUUCGCCGUUCAUUAUCCAAGUCUCGCUAAACUUGCGAAGAUCACGAUAUACGACGUCGCGCCCAGUAUCUUGGGGAGUUUUAAUCGCAAUUUGGUCGAAUAUGCGGAAAAGACGUUUUCACGCGACGGUAUUAGCAUCCUCACCUCGCAUCAUGUCGAACGUGUCGAAGCUGGCAAGAUGUUUGUGAAGCAACAGGGCGAAGUUCCCUUCGGACUGCUUGUGUGGAGCACAGGUCUUGCGCCGAAUCCACUCAUCAGUUCGAUAACACAUCUCAAGAAAGACGUGGGUGCCAAAAGCCUUCUCACCAACGACCAUCUAAACGUUAUCGGCGCCACCGACGGAGCCGCCGAUCCGGAUGUUUGGGCAAUCGGGGACUGUGCGCAAAUCACCGGGGCGAUCCUCCCAGCAACUGCUCAAGUUGCCAAUCAGAAGGCCCGCUAUCUCGCCAAGAUACUGAACAAGCUGGCACGCAAUCCAGACCACCAGGCACAGCCGUUCAAAUUCGAGAAUCAGGGCAGCUUGGCGUAUCUCGGGAACUGGAAAGCGAUAUACGAUACGGACAAAGACAAGCUUCUUGGCCCAGAAUCCGGACGAGUCGCCUGGCUACUUUGGCGCUCUGCCUAUUUCACUAUGACUCUAUCUCUGAGAAACAAAAUUCUCGUACCCAUGUACUGGUUCCUUAACUGGAUAUUUGGGCGAGACAUCACUCGAUUUUAG